CCUGGACUAAAUUUUUUAUCGAAUUACAUAUUUAUAAAUAAUACAUUUCUAGUUUACAAUUAUGGAAAGCAUUGUCACAUGUCAACUUUGCUAAUGUGACAUUACAUGAUAUGUUUCACCUCAUUAAAUUAAUAAACACCAGAUUCUUUACUUGUGCGUUGCACGGGACGCAUAUGUUAUAUGUUUAACUAUGUCAUUAGAUGACAGUGGAAAUCUAAGAGCAUUUUCAAUGCCACAAUGUGCACGAUGUACAUGUAAAACGAGAGAGAGUCACAUAAAUAUGAGUAAAUAAAUUAUCUAUCUCCUUAUUUAAAGGGCCUUAUACAAUUUUGGUAUUUUUUUUAAUAAUGUCAACUACAAUGUUUACACCUAGACGAUAUCUUUGACAUUAAAUUGAUAAACAUCUCAAAUUAAACAAAAAUUGAGUAGUAUAUCUAACACACUAUUAAGAGUUAAGACUUAUGAAGUACAAGUCAUUCUAUGUAUUAUUACAUGAUCUUCUCUACAUCAAAUAUGAUAAUCUAUAUUGUAAUAUAGUCACAAUCCAAGUGAGAAAUAUUGUUGUCAGAAAUAUAUAUCAUAGAGUCGGUGAAGAACAAGAGACUCAACACAUGGAAAAUUAAAUGUAAAAUUAGUUUUAUAAUAUCCACUACAAUGAGAACUGGGCUUUCUGAGAUUAUUUAGUUUUUAUUUAUAACUCUCUCGUGAGUUCUAGAAAUAUCAACUUUGCUACUCUUAAUCAAAUAUUUAUGUUGAGUGUUAAAAUUUAGUAUGAAUAAUAUUUAUUCAUAUGAGAUUUAAAAUGGUUUUAGCAAUCUUACUAAUUUAUCUCAAAUCAUAAUGGAUUGGUUAAAUGCAUAUUUGAUAUACUCAUUGAUAGAGUAUAUAUCUAGAGAGAAGUGAGAGCUAGAGAGAGAAGUGCAAGUAAAUGCUUCAAUAAAUGAUUUUGUGAACCCCUGCAACUACUCCCAGAGGUCGUAUUUAUAGGGAAAAUUAGGGCUGGGCUCCCAAGUCUUGGGUUUGGGAGGCCCAUUUACAAUAAGGCCACUAUUGGGCCAGGUACAAGAGAUGUAGAAAUAAUUAAGUAUAAGAUUCUAUUCUGGGGGCCGCUCGUGGCCGAUGAGGGCACGGCCGACGAGGACCCGUCCGACAAGGUCACCCGGUUCUCCUGGCUCCUGAACCAUAUUUUGAGUAGACUGCUUCCUGGCCGAUGGGGGUCACCUGGCCGACGAGGGUCCCACCAGGUGAUCGUGGUACCUUCUGUUCUUCCGAGUGUGUGGGCCAUGGGGUCCAGGCUCAUAUACUCCAUCAGGAGUCCCCCACUGUAACACCCCGGCCCCGUAGGCCCCGAGGUAGUUACUUUAGACCUCUAGUACUGUCCCCACAAACCACCACGAGCCUUUACCGCGCACUUUGUCCUCACUCAUGCGCGCCCUGAGAAACUUCCCAGGGGGUCACCCAUCCCAAGACUACUCCCGUGCAAGCACGCUUAACUUUGGAGUUCUUGGGUGAUGAGCUCCCUUAAAAGGAGAUGCACCUCUGUUGGUAUGAGUAGUACUAUUAAUCCUCUUAAAUUAAUCUCGGGUAUUACAAUCACCCCCACUUAGGAUCGCAACGUCCUCGUUGCGCCCUUAAACCAAUCUCAAUAAAACCCCAGAAUCUUGCCCCGCUAAGUGCCCGCCCGAUAUCUAACGGGUCAGCACACUGUCGCAGGGUUGCUCUGAUACCACCUGUAACACCCCGGCCCCGUAGGCCCCGAGGUAGUUACUUCUGACCUCUAGUACUGUCCUCACAAACCGCCACUAGCCUUUUCCGCGCACUUUUUCCUCACUCGUGCGCGCCCUGAGAAACUUCCCAGGGGGUCACCCAUCCCAAGACUACUCCCGUGCAAGCACGCUUAACUUUGGAGUUCUUGGGUGAUGAGCUCCCUUAAAAGGAGAUGCAUCUUGUUGGUAUGAGUAGUACUAUUAAUCCUCUUAAAUUAAUCUCGGGUAUUACACCCACUCUCUGAGCUGACACGUAGACGAGGCGAGGGAGAGUAGAUUUCUUGCUUCUAACAUUUUCUGGCCAUUGUGGGACCCUUUCUUGUUCUUAGCCGUUACGGGCACCAUUUGAUCCGGUUCCUUGUUUUAUGGCCGUCGUGGGUACUUAGCGUCUUGGCCGUUGUAGACGAAGAGGGAACCAGUCAUGGUGUGUAUUUUCUAUUUAAGGACGUUGGGUGUCUUUGCUUGGUGGGGACGAUGAGCGUCCUUUGUCAUGAAUGGCCGAUGAAGGUCAUGCCCACUCCUGACAGUUGAUGGUUGAAUUUUGCGCUUUUUGGGCCGAGGAGGCCCUUGUGGUUAUCUCCUGUUCGAGGAUGAUGAGUGUCCUUUUGUUUCCGGGUGGCCGGUGAGGGUGCUGUUUGCUUCCUUUGGCCGUUGGCUGCGUUCUGUGUUUUUUGGCCGGAGCGGUGGUGUCCGUAGUUUGGCGUUCACGCUUUUGAGGAUGAUACUGACACUGCUCCGGGAGGAGUGGUGCGUGUCCUGGUCUUAUGGACGAUGGUGACUCAGGUAUGUUGACUUCCUGUUCUUUGAUUCCUGGCCGGGAGUGGAGUAUGUGGUCUCAAAGCCGAUAAGUGCUUUGUGGUCUCAAGUGCUCUGCGGCCGACGGUGCACCACGAGGUUAUGGACGUUGUGGUGCAUGUCUGAUGUUGUAGUUGUGAACUUGGUAUUUUUUUGGAUUUCUUUGAUUUUGUCCUGAUUUGCAAAGGCCGGUGUAGUCCCCCAGUCCCCCACUACUUCAGGCCAAAGAGUAGGUGAGGGGUGAAGGAGUAAAGGAUUUGCCUAGGCCGAAGCGGACUCUUGUGUACACCUGAAUCCAAUUCCUUGGCGAUUUCCAGACCAAGGUAACCUUGUGGGAGAACCCUUGGACGCAGGUCGCUUUCAAGAAAUUAUCAUCAGGGUUUUACACAGGGCCGAUGGCGUGGGGUUUAAUCUUGCUUUUACCGUUGUGGCCGUUGAAAAGGCCAUGCAAUUGGCAUUCUUUUCAAGCCGAUAUGGACAUGCCUUGGGAUGUGACCUACCCUUUUGAAGUGUCAUUGUGUUGAGGCCGAUGUAGGCACGAUUUCCUUGUGUGGCCGUUGAGUGGUUGGCCUGUUGGCGAUGAGCUGGUAUUGUGGAAGUAGGCCUGACCCGUCUUCUAAACCGGUGCCAGCCCAAUGGGCCUUGGGGGUGGUGGCCGUUCAUGUGGCCAAUGGGAGGUUGCCACUGUAGUUACCGUUGGGGGGAGGUCUAUAAAUACCCCCCCCUCCCCCUCUGAAGAGGUUCCUCAUUGCAUUCCUGAGAUAACGAAGUGCUACUGAAUUUUCUAGAGAGAGAGCCCUUGCGUGUGUUCUUCCGUUCUUCAAAACUUCAAAGGUCAGUUCGUCGAACUUUUCCCAAAUUACUUGUGUGCUUUGCUUAUUUUAGCUUUGAUCCUCUCUUAGUGGAGAAACACCCUUAGAUCCAAAGUAUAAACCCUUAGGCUUUAGUUAGUUGUUAUUAUGAUGAAGCCUUUGAACGACGAGUACUACCCAUACGACGAUGAGCCCUCUGCUAAGUCUCUUGAUUACGAGGUGGUAGAAGAGUGCUGUGAGGAGAUAGAGGAGCUGAGCUCCUUCAGAUCAGGGAAGAGUGAGGGUGAGGACGAAGAGGCCGCCUCGUCGUCUGAUGGUGAGGACGUAGUGGCGUCACGUGUUGUGGAUGGGGCGUCUACAUCGGCUGCAAUUCCUUGCCCGAAGCCGGUUUCUGCUGUAAAGGGAGUUGCUCCGACGAGAAAGCGGCGGCCGAAAAGUGGUCCAGGUUUCUCUUACCUGGAUAUGACCAACCUUUAUCUGAUCAGGCCGGAGAGUAGCGCGGCCGAUUACUUGGUGACCCAGAUGUACGUGGGGCCGUAUGGGCGGGUUAGGGCACCCAAGCCGACGGAUCAUGUGUCGAAUCCACCUCCGGGGUAUUUUGGAGUAUACCCCAUGUGCUUCGCAAAGGGACUUAGGUUCCCCCUCCACCCAUUCAUUACGGAGUAUCUGGACAUGGUGGGUCUCCCUACGGCCUUGUUGACUCCCAACAGCUACUCGCUCAUCGUCGGCUUUCUUCUCCGUUGCGAUGAGCUAGACUUCAGGCCGACGACGGCUCUGUUCAUGAACCUGUACCAGAUCGGCCGAGGGAGCCACAAAAAUUGUGUUGGUUAUGCUAAUCUCCAAUAGCUGCAGAAGAAGAGGAGUUUCACUGACCUCCUUCGUCCAUUCAUGGUUGGAAGAGCAAGUUCGUCUUAGUAUCCUUGGGUGAGGACGGCACGGAGUUUCCCUCAGUUGGUCAUGACGGUAGGUUCACCCUUCACGACGUGCCGAAGAGCAGUAUUUUGGAUGCCCAGGUAGCGGCGUUUGUGAAUGAAGGGCCGAGGAGCGUGAAACAUUACAUCACGAAGUAUAAGAUGACCGCCCUCGGCUUCAUGAGGUAUCAUGUAUAUGGCGACAAGGAAAGUGAUAUCGAGCUGUGGCCGAAGAUGACCACCACCUUCGAGGAGGCCGAUGGCCCGGAUAUGGGCGUGCCUGCUGACGCCGAUGACUUCACUAUGGAUCGUAGAUCCAUCAUGGCCCUAGCCAAAGCUAAGGCGAAGGAGGAGAUGGCCGCAAAAGAGGCCGCGAAGAUGGCCACUGCGGGAGGCGCCCAACCAAGCUCCGAUGCGGCGAAGAAGCCACCUAUGCAGCCGAAGAAGAAACGACACGCGGAUGACGGCCAGAAAAAGCUCACUGAGGCCGGCAUGCAGUCCAAGAAGCCGAGGAGGGCUUCCCCUCUGACCGAUACUAGUGCCAGUGGUAUGACCGUGCCGGAUGAUGAUGCUGGAGGCUCAAAUGCCAUUGCCGUUGUGGACGCGGUUUCGGUCCCCUCUUCAACGGCUCUAACCCAGCCGCCGUCUGUCGGCCAAGAGCCCCGCAAGCAGAGGGCCGGCAAGAAGCUGGCCGGUGGGACCUACAAGCUCGAGAUCGAGUAUCCUGUGAAGGGUGGCGUCUUCAACGACGCCGUUGACGGCCACGAUGUCCUGGCUCAAGUUGUUCCGGUCGAGGAUCGGGCUUACUUGAAGAAGCUGGGUCCCGUCAAGAUCUACGACAGCGGUAUGGACCUCAUCAUCCAAGGUGCUCUUAUGCUGAUGGAGAGCCACAAGCGACAAGAGCAAGAGAUUGCCCGCUUGAGGGAGGCCGAGAAGAAAGCUGCUUCGGCCGAGGAGGCCAUGGGCUGCCUGGAUCGGCUCCGGGAGGAGGUGAAGGCCCUACAGAAGGGGGUUGAUGAGGUCGACGUGGCCUACCGACAGGUGGCAGCCGAUAGGGACGAUGCUUUGAGGGUCAGUGAUGAAGCCCUGAGAAGCCGCGAUGAGGCCCUGCUUCGGGUCGAGGACGCCGCGAGGGCUCAGGCGGAUUCUGAAAGGGCCGCUGAGAAGGCCGUUGAUGGCGCCAUCGAGAGGUUCCUUGCCGAAGGCUGGAAGGCCGAUGACCGUCGGCCCUAGUGCUAUGAAGUCGUGGCGGACCGGCUUGAAGACUGAGGCCAGAACUGCCCUGCUGGCCAGGAGUACUUUGCUCGUGAAAUGGCUGUCUACUAUGACAUGGGUCAGCAGAGGAUGUAACGGCUGAUAUACCGGCGGCUGCACCGGGCAUUCAAGAAGCUGAAGCUCACCCAGAAGUGGGCUAAGAAGAACCUGAAGCUUCCACGGCUGAUGAGGGAUCCGGAGGCCGAAGCGAAGCUCCCCCCGUCUGAGAGGCAAGAUCCGGUGCUCAGUACUUCCAUCGACGAGCCUGACUGGUCCGGUGAUGACACCUUAGCCGAUACCGACGUCUCAUCAGCAGCCGAGCCAGUGGAGGUGCGAGGACGGAGGAGGGUAACAGGGCUGUAUCGGGGCAAGCCGAAGCGGAGCGAGUGGCCGAUGAAACCGUCCCCGAGAGUUGAUCGGCUGACUUAUUAUGUAACUUAGCUAGGCUGGUGUUUGUAAUGCCCUUCUCUUUUUUUGUAAUGGCCGUUGAGCCCUCCUGAUGUAAUGACUUCUUUUAUGAAUGAAAUGUGCAAUGUUUCCGGCCUUAUUCUGUCU